ACCCCCUCAUGAGUGAUGAACAGAGUUUGACCUGACUCCACCUCAGGCUUUGGCUUUGGCUGUAGAAGGGACAGAGCACCUUUGUGGGGUCAGGACCAGCUGUGGUGUGUUAUGGGCACCCUGUGUCUCCAUUAUCUGCCUCAUCUUGAAAGCAUAUUGUGUUGUGAUGGAGUUUGCAAAGUGAGUAGAUUAAGGCUCUGGGCUAAAACUGAACAGGAAUAGGUGAAUUAAAUUGUGAGCAGGCACUUAAACUCAGUCACCCACAGUUAAUGUGGGUUGAUAUUAGCAAAAUAUUAGCAAAUAUUAGUUAAUAUUUGUAAAAUGCAUUACAGAGAUAUAUAAUUGGCUCUUCCAGUUAGUUCCUGUUGGUGUGGAAGGUUUAAAAAGUUAUAUCAGAAUAAGUUUGUUACCAUGUCAUGCACAAUUAUACAUGAAAAUACAUUAUUCUGAAUAAGCAUAUUUAUAUGAAGUGACUCUAGCUGUACAAUCAUGUUGCCAUGUUAGCGGCUCAAGCGUAGAACUCGGGCUGCAGCUGUGCACACAAACGCCUCUCCUCUGCCUAUAUGUGCGUAGUGGAGCUACAGGUCUUCUGCUACGUGUAGCAGCAGUCUUGGUGCUGGUGGGCUCACCUCGCGCUGUGCGUUCCUGCAGGGGAACAAUCACGAGAACAUACUGUUUUGUGAGAAAUGCCGUGCCCAAGCUUCCCUGCUGUUUGGGAGGCGUGACGAGGUGCGGCCCCGGAACCGGCUGCUGACACCCGCAGCCAGCUAGAAAGCGAUCCCGUGCUGUGGUGGGGGGUGCAGACCUAUGAGCUGUGGACAGGCUAGGUUGUCCUCGCGUCCGGUAACAGCCUCUGUUCCUCCGCGGCAGCCGAGCUGGGCGACACUCACCCGGGCCCGGUCGAGCUGCCGUCCCUGCGCCGGGGUUGCUAUGGCGACAGGCAUGACAAGUGCCGCGAGGGGGCGCUGUCAGCCUUGCUGGUCCGCGACCAUCGUGGCGCUGGGGUGGGGGUGAAACUGAAAGUGAAGGGUUCGGGCCGCGGCAAGGCGGGACUCAGCAGCCGCCCUGCCCCUCUCCCCGUUCCGCCCCCACGCCGUUCGCCGGCUGCCUCCCAGAAGCGCUUGAGCUGCCCCAGCGUGAGCAUGUCGGAUGUUUUCGACCGAACUCCGGGUGCCGGCCGACGCCGGGGUGCGGGCUGGGAAGGCACUGCUGUCCCCGGUGGUGCGGGAGCCCCGGAGAGUGGCGAUGGGGCCCCCCUUGGGGGAAGCGGUUCAAACAGCUCAGGCUCGGCUGACGAGCAGCAACACCAAGCAGGCGGCCUCUUCCCGCAGCAGGAAUCACUGCGGCCUCCGAAGACUGCGCCUCUGGGCACCGGAAUCGCAGAGCACCUGCCACAGACAGGGAUUCCAUCUGGAUCACAAGAUAAAGUUUCAGCUCUUGAUUCUGAACCAGAAACGGCUGAAUCUCAAGUGGCUGCAGCUCCUGUGAUAAGAUCAAACUUGUCUGUCAAAGCACCUGAGUUUUAUCCACCAGGAUACGUCCAGAACUUCAAUCAGAACUUUGCGGAUUCUUCCUUUGAAGAUAGAUACGAUGGCUAUCUGACUUUGGUGGAAUAUGUACAAGACUUCCUAAAUCACCUCACCGACCAACCAGCUUGUUUUGAAACUGAAAUAGAGCAGUUUGCUGAAACACUGAAUUCCUGGGUCACUUCAGGUGAAGAUUUACAAGGGCUUGUUGAGCUCAUCUAUCAGCAGGCCACAUCUGUCCCAAAUUUUUCGUACAUGGGAGCUCGGUUGUGUAACUAUCUGUCUCACCAUCUAACCAUUAGUCCACAAAGUGGGAACUUCCGACAACUGUUACUUCAAAGGUGUCGAGCAGAGUAUGAAAACAGGGAUGAAGCCACCAGAGCAGAUGAGACUACUCAAAAAGAGUUUCAUGCCUUUGUGCUCUUCUUAGCUGAACUCUACCUUAAUCUAGAGAUUAAAGGAACAAAGGGACAGGUAAUGCGAGCAGAAAUUCUUCAAGAAGGCCUUCGGGAAUUACUAAAUGCACUCUUGUCUAAUCCUGUGGACAGUAAUCUGAUAUGUGCAGUGAAACUGCUGAAGUUGACAGGCUCAGUUUUAGAAGAUGCCUGGAAAGAAAAAGGAAAAAGUGAUAUGGAGGAUAUUAUUCAGAGAAUUGAAAAUGUUGUGUUGGAUGCAAACUGUAGCAGAGAUGUGAAACAUAUGCUUCUGAAACUAGUAGAAUUGAGAUCAAGUAACUGGGGUAGAGUUCAUGGAUCUUCUGCACAUACAGAAGCUACCCCUGAAAAUGACCCUAACUAUUUUAUGAAUGAGCCAACAUUUUACACUUCUGAGGGUGUUCCUUUCACUGCAGCAGAUCCAGAUUAUCAAGAAAAAUACCAAGAGCUGCUUGAAAGAGAGGAUUUUUUUCCAGAAUAUGAAGAAAAUGGAACAUACCUGCCAGGACCUGGAGAUCCGUAUUUUGAUGACAUUGAUGAUGAGAUGGAUCCAGAAAUUGAAGAAGCAUAUGAAAAAUUCUGUCUAGAAUCAGAACAUACAAAAAAAUAGUGAGAUGUUACACAUUAAUAUUAGUUUAUUAAGCCACUUUAUGGUUAGAAUUCAUGGGGAUAAAAACAUUUGUACCAAAACAGGGAGCUUGAGUUUCUCCAAGUACUAAAGUUACACAAUUUUCAUUAAUAGAAACUGCCAAAAAUUGUAAACUCAUGCCCUGUAUCUUAAAAUGUUGUGUAUAUAAUCAUAGUUUAUUUUAUGUACAGGUAUAUGAACUAUGUUUUGGCUGCAAUAAAAAUUAUUUUAAAAUUA